AUGUAAGAUAACUUGUUUUCAUUGAAGAUAAUUAUUCACAGAGUGUGCUUAACAAAAUUUGCAUUUAAAGAUGAGAAAGGCAUUAUAAAAUAGCCUGGAUUUUAAAUUAAAUUUGUUGAUUUUCCAUACAUGAUCAUCAUGUCUAGAAAGAGUAUGCAUUUGAGUGAAUUUACAGAUAAAUAAAAUCUAAUAAACAACUAAUAGGAGGAAGUUAAAGCAUUUGGUAAGGGAAAAUCUAUACUUUUAAAUGCGAAAUAUAAAGAUAUGGUAGAAUAUUUAGAUAAAUAUGCCCUAGUGGUAUAAUUUAAGGAAUUCUAAAAGUAUAAUUAAUUCACUAUUGGGAAAUGCUUGUUAAAUUUAGAUAUGUUCAUUUAAGGAAUUAAGUAUGCAAUUACAGAUGAUAUCGAGAGAUUUAAAAGAAAUACAUUUAAGUUGACAGAUAAUCAGAAUAAUUCUGUUGGCUGGUUUGAUAUGAGUAUUUCAAUUUUAUAAAGACCCUUUAGUUCAAUAACUAAGUAAAUAACUAAGAAAUUAAAUUCAUUGCAGUCUUAAGAGGAAAAUGAUGAAAAUAUUAGUAAACUGAAUCAAUAAAAUUCCAAUAGCUAAUAACAAUAGAAUUAAAAAAUACUAGUAGUUGAGAAUUUUAAUGAAAAUCAAAUCGAAGUACAAAAGGGUUAAAAAAAAGAAGACACUAAAGAAGAAGAUAAAGAAGCUUACAAAGUAACUGUUAUGAAAGCAAGUACUAGUAAAGAAGAAGAAGAAAGUUUAUUAGAUAGUGGAUUCAAAAUAAGUGAAUUUUAGGGUCCUUAGAGUAUAAGAAGAAAGUCUAAUUCUUAAAUUUCAGUUGAUUACUAGCAAAAAAAUGUUAAAAAAACAGGUUAACUUCAAGUGAUUUAAAGCCCUUCAUAAAAAGAAAUGUUAACUUUUGGAUAAGAUAAAUUCAAUUAAAAAAGUCCAUAAAAUAAUUUUUAAAACAGCUUGGAUGAAUACUAUUAAGAUGAUUUUGAAUUAUCUAAUGUAUAAACCAGUAUUUAAUAGCAAUCUACCUCUUAAUAAUAAGAAAUAGCUAGUAGAAUUCCAAAUUUAAAGCUUUAAUAAUCAAGUUACACUGAAGAAAAUUAUGAUGAAGAUUUUGAAAGCAUGAGUAUUUCUUAGAGUCAUUAGCUCAGUAAAAAAUAAAGCUAAAAUACAGAUAGAAGGAAACUUAAUUAAAGUGAAUUAGGUACUUCCAAACAUUAGGAUGAUGCCAUAAGUGAAGUAUAUACAGAAGAUUUCGAAAGUAUGAGUUUUAGCUAAUCUCUUACAAAGCCUAAAAAUAAUUUUCGUUGA